UUUCCGUGCUGUGACAGUCUCUGAGAUUGGGGGGGAUUUAUGCAUUUUCACGACUUUCACUGUCAUGCUAUGGUAAUUAUUUCAUAAUACGUCCUUCGCUGCGGGGCACGGGCUGUUUGCACCAACCAACCGAGAUCAAGUUCCACUAGUUGACAACGUUGGGUGGAAAGAUGAAGCGCGCGCGUACAUAGGAUAUCCUAUGAGCAGGAGCAACAGAACUGCAGAAAACAGAAGAAGAAGAAGGAGAAGAGGAAAGGGGGGGAUCGGAUUCUCGCAGCCGAGGCGGCAACUGGAGGAACAUUGAUCUCCGGUCGAUUUGGACGCACUGGCAAUUGAAAUAAAGAGACCUUGGGCAGAUCUAUACAUAAACUGGUAGGAGCCGCACCGCUGGCAGCAGACAGGGGUGGGGGGGAUUCGUGCCUCUCUCUGAGCCGCUUCCUUCGUCAGUGCGCAUGGAUGAAAGUCACAGUUAAAAUGCAUGCGGCAAGUCCUGUCUGAUGUGGGAUUACCGCGUUUUUAUUCGCCCCCCUCGCCUCCCGACCAUGUUCCAACUUUGGUUUUGGCUCUUUUUCCGAGAUGACACUGCUAAUUUCAGUCGGCGCUGGGAGAGCACCGGAGCCCGUUUCGCCGCGCUGGCUGUCACAUCAUCGGCGUGAAUGAGAACGUUACCCGCGCUCGUCUAUGCCUGGUUUAUGGAGCUAAACACCGCGGAGACUUGAGUUGAUUUUUUUUCUUUCCUCUUUCUUUUCUUUUCUUUUCUUUUCCUCCUUUUUCUUUUAUAUUUUUUAACCAUCCGGCUGAAGGGCGGACAGUGAAAUCACGAAAUCCAUGUUUUCACUGUGGCUGGGGGGAAAAGACCGGACACAGCCGUGAUUUUCGGCAUGUUUUGGCGUUUACCGGAAUCAGCACGAUGACACCUCAUACUGGUACUGCACUUGAGUGAGCUGGGGCAUCCUCUCCCAGGAAAAAUGCAUAUCUGGAUCCUAAAAAUAAUACUUCUGAUUGCAUCAUCUCUGAGGCUGGUUGAGAUGUAUGACAAUUAUGGGGAGAUCUGUCGAAACCUGUGCACGUGCGAGGAGAAGGAAGGGAUCCUGACGGUGAGCUGCGAGAACCGGGGGAUCAUCAGGCUGACGGAGAUCAGCCCUGUCCAGUACUCCAUGUACCACCUCCUGCUCACGGGGAACCUCCUGAAGAAGCUGUCGGUCGAUGAUUUCAUCAAUUACACCGGGGUGACCAUCCUGCACUUGGGGAACAAUGAUAUCUCUGAGAUAGAGUCGGGUGCCUUCAAUGGACUCCAGGGAUUAAAAAGGUUGCACCUGAAUAACAACAAGAUAGAAGUUCUGAGAGAUGAAACCUUUAAAGGACUUGAGAGCUUGGAAUACCUACAGAUUGAUUAUAAUUUCAUCACAAACAUAGAGUCCAAUGCCCUGAGCAAACUACACCAACUAACAGUGAUGAUUCUGAACGACAACCUGCUCUCUGCCCUUCCUCCCAACAUCUUCCGGAAUGUCCCCCUUACGCACUUGGAUCUGAGAGGGAACCGCUUAAAAAUGUUCCCCUAUAUUGGCCUCCUAGAGCAUAUGGACAAAGUUGUGGAAUUACAACUGGAGGAGAAUCCGUGGAAUUGCUCCUGCGAGCUCAUUGCUCUGAAGGCUUGGCUGGAGAGUAUAGCUUACACAGCUCUGGUGGGAGAAGUGGUGUGCGAGACGCCAUUCAGGCUCCAUGGAAGAGACCUGGAUGAGGUGUCAAAGCAGGAACUCUGCCCAAGAAGACCCCUAGAAGACACAGUUAGGCCUGCGCCGCCUAGCAGCACUAAUGGAUACUACCAGACCACACCAGCCGCUGUCACAGCCUCUGCCACCUCCUCGGCUGUUUUAAGGUCUUCUUCCAGGCCUACCAAGGGCACACGGCAAUUGAACAGAACCAGGUUAAAGCCCACCUCCCGAAUACCAGGCGGCAAUCCAUACAACUAUGGCCCCAUUAUUGCUUUUCAGACCAAAUCUCCUGUGCCUUUGGACUGCCCCACUGCCUGCACAUGUAAUCUGCAGAUAUCUGAAAUUGGGUUAAAUGUCAACUGCCAAGAGAGAAAGAUUGAAAGCAUUUCUGACCUAAAACCCAAGCCAUACAAUCCUAAAAAAAUGUAUCUCACUGGAAAUUACAUCCCUGUGGUGCGGAGAUCAGAUUUUGUCGACGCCACUGGAUUGGAUUUGCUUCACCUGGGAAACAACAGGAUAACUCUGAUCCACGACCGGGCUUUUGGGGAUUUAACCAACCUGCGCAGGCUGUAUUUGAAUGGUAAUCUCAUGGACAGGCUCACAGGAGAAAUGUUUUUUGGUUUGCAGAACUUACAAUAUCUUUAUUUAGAGUACAACAAAAUCAAGGAGGUCGAUGCGGGCACUUUCCGCUAUCUCCCUAAUCUGCAGCUGCUUUUCCUGAACAACAAUCUCCUGAAAACUUUACCUGUGGGCAUCUUUUCCAGCCUCUCCCUGUCUAGGCUUAAUCUGCGUAACAACCAUUUCCAAAACCUCCCCGUGAGUGGUGUUUUGGAUCAGCUCAAGCUGCUGUUGCAGAUAGAUCUGUUUGAGAACCCCUGGGAAUGCUCCUGCGACAUAGUGGGGAUGAAGAUAUGGCUCGAGCAGCUCAGUGCAGGCACUGUGGUUAAUGAGGUCGUGUGCAAGACGCCAAAACGCCACACAGGAAUGGACCUGCGUUCUGUCCCGUCAGAGCAGCUCUGCCCAGAUUACUCCGAAGCCUAUGUCUCGCCGACUCCACCUACGGAGGAGCCCAUGGACGAACACGUUGUCACCACAGGUGCUACUCGGAGGUUGGAACCCCGUGGCAGCACCGUCCCCCUCUCCGUCCUUAUCCUCAGCCUCCUGCUUGUUUUCAUCAUGUCUGUCUUUGUGGCUGCAGGGCUCUUUGUUGUGGUCAUGAAAAAGCGUAAAAAGUCACAGAGUGACCGUACUAGCACUAACAACUCCGACGUCAGCUCUUUUAACCUGCAGUACAGCCUCUACAGCAACCGCUCUGGACCUAAAGUUAAGGCCCCGGCUGGUCAUGUAUAUGAAUAUAUCCCCCAUCCAAUGGGCCAUAUGUGCAAAAAUCCCAUUUACAGGUCAAGGGAAGGGAACACAGUGGAGGAUUACCGUGACCUCCAUGAGCUCAAGGUCACAUACAGGAGUACCCCAGAUGAUGAGAGGGACAGUAGUACGAUGAGGAGCCCUUCAUACAGUGUUAGCACCAUCGAGCCACGUGAAAACCCUUCCCCUGUGCAGGAUGCAGACCAUUUCUUCAGAGGGAUCCUUGAACCCGAUAAGCAGUCACCCCACCAGUCCAUCCCGUCAAUCCCAGCUGGGGCCAAUUUAGAGUACAAGUAUACGGGGCCCGUGUCAUACACGUACAACCCAAAUUUUGAUGUCAGACGUCAGUUCUUGCACCCGGAGAGAAUAAGAGAAACAGUGCUCUAUGGCACAGCACCCAGUACUGUUUAUGUCGAGCCCAACAGGAAUGAGUAUUUGGAGCUAAAAGCUAAACUGCAGUCUGAGCCUGAUUACCUCGAAGUUCUUGAGAAACAGACCACCUUUAGCCAGUUCUGAGCAACAGAGUCGUGAGCAUAAUGAAGCAUUUUCUCUCUCGACCCUCCUUGAAACAGUGGCUCAGUUUCUAGGGUGCCUUGGCACAAAUACAAACAAGCAAAAGAGAAAGAGUUGAAACGGGGUGUGCCGAACAAUCUUAUUCUUAUUUCAGAAACAUGACAUUACAGGAAUGGAUACAGCUUUCUCGAGACAUGGAUGAACAAAAUUGCUUAACUGAUGAUGCAAAAUCUAUUUUUCUAUGGUGAAGAUUGAAUAACACACAAAAAUGUAAGUGUACAGGUAAAUCUUACCCAACUUCAUUUUCAGGAAUAUAACCAUACAUAAGAUAUAUUGUGAAUCAGAAAAAGAGAUGUUUAUAAAAAUCACACCUGGACAUACAAGAAAAAACAAACAAACAACAAAAAAAACCCAACACAUUGUACAGCAGAUCAUCAAAACUGUGUAGGACUAUUUUCUGCUGUAGUCUGUAAGUAAGUAUUUAUUGAUAUAAUCUGCCAUGUCUUUUCAAAACUUUUGAUUCUUCAUCAGUAUUACCUGUGUCAUCAUACUCCAUCAUCCUCCGGAAAAAGGCUUAUGUUUCUAGUUUCAUUUACUGUAGCUCUGCAUUGUAAAAGUGGCUUUUCUUUCUUUCUUUUUUGUUUUUCUUUUCUUUUGUUUCUCGGAAAGUGGCACACCCCAAUGUCCAAAACAGACUGCGUCAUUUGAAGAAGAUGAAAAAAAAAAAAAAAAAAAAAAAGAAAAAAGAAGUGUCUUUGUAUGCUUUCUGCACUUUUUGGAAAUGGAAGGCAAGUUCGCCUUCAUUGAGCUCUCAUAAAGGAGAUUAUUAUAUUAAAAAUGAAUAUGGCUAUUCAUUCUUAAUAUGUAGGAUUGAUAUGUUAUCAAAACGAAAAUUCAUAAAUGAUAUUUGAAGUAUUAAUUAUGUUGUGUAAUACUGGCAUUUUAAUCAAUGUAACACCUAUUUUUAUACGAGCAUUGGCAAAUUCUCUAUUGAUUAUGGGUUUCUUUUGUUUUGAUUGUUUUGCACUUAUUGCACUAUAUUGACCAAACUAUGUUAUCGUCAUCAAAUAAACAUGAUGUCAGGUUCAUAUAAUGUGCUUAUGCGGAAACUGAAGGUGGAAUGAGGCCAUUUGGGUUUUUGGUUCAGCAUGUGGGUUUUAGAUGUGCAAUCAAGAGAGUUUUCCCACAGCUAAAAGUCGUUUUAUGCCAUAAUCAGUUAACAAUAUAUCGGCUGACCAGAUCAGACUAUGGUGUGCACUCAGUCAAAGAAGAUAAAGACAGUGUAUACGUGCUCCACUUAAAGGGGAGGUUGCGUCGUCAGUGAGAAUUGAAAUCAAUGGGUAUUAAUCAAUGACCAUUAUGUAAGGCUGGCCUUCUGCAAUUAUACCGCGACAACAUAAUCCACAUUGUCGUCUGUCAAUGGAUGAGCAGGUGUUUUAUAUAAACAUCAUUUAACAUCUUCGCAAAGUCAGCGGGUAUGAAACAUAAAGAUGUGCUGGAUUAUGUUUUUGGUGUCGAAACGUAAUAGGUUUGUUUGAUAUGCAAACAGUUUUGUAAGUCAAGAAGUUUAAAAAUAUAAGAAAACAUGUUCAAAAUCUGCUUUUUUUCUCCGGUCUUUCAAGUGCUUGUUUGUUAAUUGACUUCUCACUUGACCCACUUAAAUCCAAUAUGCAAAGUAGAUCUAUAAAAAUGCAGAGGAUGCACUGUGCCACCAUUUUCAGUGUGCAGCAAGCGUCACCAUUUAGGAAUUCAGUGUUCCAGAACUGAGAUGGGCACGGAUCUUUCUGGAGAGGAAUCAAAAGAAUGGAAGCAGUGUGUGUGUGUGUCUGUCUGUGUGUGUCGGGGGAGGGGGGGGCUGUGCCACAUCAGACACCUUAAUGCGACACUUAAUUCUGAACUCAAACGGAAUAACUAUGAAUUUAUAUUAUUUUAAUCGACUUUUUCCCUGUAGAAAAGGUCUAUUUUACGGUAUUUAACUGUACUGAGUUUUCUAUGCGGUGCCAGCUGCCUUUUCUCAAUGACAAAAAAGGGAAAAAAUCCAAUGCUCUGGGUCCUCUUCUUUUGUUGGAGCUUUUCAUAGAAGCCCAGAAUGAGAACAGAAGGCACCAUUUGGGAGAUGAGGAGUCCUGGAACUGAGUGUAACUGUGGAUGUGUCAUACAUGUAGCAGGGGAUGUGAAUCAUAGCCAAGAAGUGCGUGCAGUUGCCCAGUAUUAGUGGCCUAUGGGAUGUCGCAGUACUGACGAUUUUUGACAUUAUUUAUUUUUCUGAUGCCAAUGUUGAAAGAGGAAAUCAUUUAUAGUUUACUGAGGUUCAACAAGGAUCUGAGCAGUGCAUUGACAAAUUGUUUAAAAUGCGGGCAGAUGGCUCUUUUUCUUUUUAUCUGUUUUAUUAUUAUUAUAAUAUUCAUAGUAUUGUAUUUUUCAGGAUGAUUUGGCUACGGUCAAGUGAAAGAAGAAAAAAAACAAAACAAAAAUGCUUUAGCACAAUUACAUAAUCACUGAAUCAUGUAUUCCAAAUGGGCUUAUUAAUACCAUAUGCGUGCAUAUGCACAUCUCUCUAGCCCAAACUCCCAGUGUGGACGUUUAUCACUCUGUCCCGGUGUAAUUGGGGGAUGGAUGCACUGAGAAUCCCACUG